AUGACACCCGUGUGCUUCAUCAAGGAUGGCAACGACGGGCUUCAUAUCACCGAUGCAGGUUUGAGGUGCGUUUCUCCUCAAUUGCAGUGUAAUUGCUAUCAAUUACGCUUGCAUUUGCCACUUAGCCUUAACGAGCCUGUGGCUAUUGUUUGCUUAGCAGGACAGUAUCGGACGGGCAAGAGCUUCUUUCUUAAUCAACUUGCGUCCCGACCUGAUGACUUACCGUGGAUGAGUACUUCUGUGAAAUCACUCGUUGCAUCUGCAAUAAUCAAUAAAAAGAGUGACAAUGCUACAGUUAGUGGCUUCCGAGUGGGGUCCACGACCGAGUCGUGCACCAGGGGAAUUUGGCUUUGGGCACCGCAGCCCCCGAUUCGCAACCCAAUUGGACAUUUAGUAUUGUUUCUUGACACAGAAGGAAUGGCAUCGACAGACAAUGACGAAAGCUAUGAUACCAAGAUAUUUUCGUUAGGAUUGCUCCUUAGCUCGUUGUUUGUUUAUAAUACAAUUGGUGUGAUCGACGAGGGGGCCAUGGACCGCCUGUACCUCGUGUCUGAGCUAACGAAGCACGUUUGUAUUAGUGCACACUCUAGUGCUGAAUCGACCUCGAGUAAACGGCUGGAUGUAAAUUUUGAAGAAAUAAUGUUGACGAGUGACAAGUCAGAGAUAUCGCAAGAACUGGCGCCGCACUUCCCGCCGUUCGUGUGGUUAUUGCGAGACUUUUUGCUUGAUAUGCAGAUUGACGGCAACGACUUGACUGCGAAUGAGUACCUAGAGAAGGCUCUGGAUGCACGUGAAGUUAGUUUGACGGCUUCAGAGAGCACAAAAACACGUCAGAUCGAGCGAAAUCGCACCCGAGCGUCAAUUCGUACCUUAUUUCGUCAUCGUGAAUGUCUUACGUUAGUCCGUCCUGUGACGAAUGAACGUGAGCUUCGAAAUGCCGCAGAACUAUCAGAUUCCGAACUGCGACCAGAAUUCGUGAAACAAAUGUCGGUUGUUCGCCAUCGUUUGCUCUCAUCGGUGGCUGCAAAGAAGCUACUAGGCAAGACACUAAAUGGUCCGCAAGUUGCUCAUCUUGCACAGUGCUACGUUAAAUCAAUUAAUAAUGGUGCUGUUCCGGACAUCAAAGCUGCAUCAGAGUACGUAUCUGAUGCUACCUGCCAGGCUGCACUGGCCGCAGCCAUCGAUCUGUAUGAUCAGCUGAUGCUAGCCGCUUCUUGCACGAAACCUGCGGAAAAGGUCUAUGAAAAGGCUGAUUUAGAAGAUUCUGAUGAAGUGGAGGGAGAUACAGAUGAUGGUGGAAGUGACGAAGCAGUGGGUGGGCCGAAAAUUUUGUCUCAAAUGGAGUUUGAAGCGAUCCACAAGGACGCGCAAGAGCAAGCAUUUGCAUUGUUUAAAGUACGCUCAGUCGAAGGCGCAUCGCGAGCAUCUUAUUUUCAUAAGCUGAAGCAGCACAUCCAUGUACAACGUACGACUUUAAUCGCUCAACUGCAAAAACGUUCUAGCAAGCAUUGCAUCAAGGUCUUGACUAAACUUCGUGCCAAAUUUCUCACUCGGCCUCUUGCAGCUGGUGCAUGGGAUACUGCUGCAACAAAAGAAGAAGCUUUUCAGGCCACCUUGCAAGUUUUGGAAGAGGUUUACGAGCAAAAAGCUCGUGGACCUGCAAAAAAAAAAGUAUUUUACCAGUUUUUGCGUUGUGACUUGGUAGCGUUCUUUGAAACGCUUUAUCAACGGAUGGAAGCUAGUCACGAAAAGAAAAAAACGGAGUGGGAUCUUAUUCAAAAGCAGCUUGAACAGCAACAUGCGAGCGAAAACAGGGAGUGGAAACAAGAUUUAGAAGAAAAAGGUAUUGAGAUACAACAGCUUUUUGGAGCGAAAGCACACUUAGAAGACAAGGUAAAUUUCUUAGAUAAUCGAAUCUUAGAGGCUCAGCACGCGUCUGAGGAGCAACUCUUGACUAUCGCCGCCUUAAAGAAUGAACGCAAGAGUUUAAAAAGAGAGAAUGAGCGGCUUCAGACAGAGGCGACGGAUUUAUCAAAGGAUCUAGAAAAGACACAACUUCGAUUACAGCACAAGACUGAUACCCUGACUAAAGUUGAAGCUGAGGCACAAGACAUGAAAAAAGAGAUGACGGAAUCAGUUGAAAGGCUUUAUAAAACUCACCAACGUGAGAAAGAAGACUGGAUGCGUCGUGCUGCUGAUCAAGUUGCAGAGAAGACAAUGCUGCAAAAAGAAUUAAAAAUUGCAGUGUUGAAUGCUCAAAAGCGUACACGUGAUAUAGAGCUGCUAGAAAUAGAGCAAAGACAGCUGAGGCAAUCAUUGAACGUGGAGGUAAACGCACGGGCUCGCCUAGAGAAAGAUUACACCUUGCUUUGUGAUAAAAAUAACAAAAAGGAACAAAAAAUUAAGCUGGCAAAGAGCGUCGGAGAGCGCGAGCGAGCUCGACUCGAAACUCGCCUUCAACGCAUCCAGGCACAUUUAGGACAGCUAGCUGGUGAUCGCGAGAUCGAAGAAGUGCUGCGCGACUGUGUGUCGCAUGUGGUACGACAAGCUGAUAAAGAGAAGAUCAAGAUACUACAAGAAGAACGACGAAUGCUACAGAAGCAACUCGGCGAUCUUCAUGAGAAGAUAUCAACCUUACCUGACUUUUAUAUACGGCAGAUCUUUUGCGCCCCGGAACCUGUGACAAGUUUCUUCGAGGCUUUGACUUCAGUCAGAUCAAAAUUGGAAAGAUCGUUCAAUCUGGCACCUUCAUCUAUCGAGAUGACGGCACCUGCUAUGUUCAUGGACCUGUUUCGCCGCAUCGGGUUGGCAACGAGUGGUGUAUCGACCAUAAUUCCAUUCUCACAACUGCGUCUCCCUUCGCUGAGCUUGGAGACGUGUAGAACGACGGCACGCGACCGAUAG